AUGGUCAACGUACCUGGCGGCUCCAAAGCAUGCGGCAACUGCAAGCGCCGCAAACUGAAGUGUGAUGAGCGUCAUCCCACUUGCAGACGCUGCGAGAAAUCCAAACUCGUUUGUGAUGGCUAUACCUCAAGGCCGAUUAAGAUGUAUACUUCCCAGAGACAGCAAGAACUACCGACAACCGCCGGGAUAGCGACGCCGGCAACCACGAUAUCAAGACAGACUCCACGCGUGUCACUUGCACCUCAGCGAGAGACCAUCCACCUCCACUUCCUCUCCGCCCUUAUUCACAAAGAAGUCUUAGAGAACGAUAUUCCGAGCAAAUGGCAGCCCUGGGUCAUGGCCAUAAUAGCCAAUGAAGGAACAGGCGUGGCAUCCCAGGCGGCUUCGGCCUUAGCUGCCGUGCAUUUCGCAGCCUUAUACGACUGCUCCGCGCAGGACAUGGCCUUUGCACGCAUGCAGUACGCCGGUGCCAUUCAGACGCUGUCGAAAAAUCUAGUCGACGACAAGAUGUCGCAUGACGUCGGCAAUAAUGCUGCUGUGCUUUUUCUAUUCUGGUGUGAGAUCGCCACAGGAGCAAUGAACGGCCAAGCCUACGCACAGCACAACGAGGGACUCGCACGUUUGGUGGAACAUAUAGGGCCACGUGGACAUCAAGGCUGGCUCGCACGGAAAAACUUCAUGAUGAGUCGAAUGAACAUCAUCUUCUUCGCCCUGCAGCAGCGCCGACGUACCUUCUUGGAGCACGAGGACUGGAAGACCACCCCCUGGGCGAAAACGUGGAUCCCCAAAACUCCGAUUCGCGAACGGCAAAAUGUGGACUGCAACAGUUCUUUCCGGUCACAGCUUCUUCGAGACCGCAUUCUUUCCACACUUCACGUGCUUUGCCGAUGGCGGUUUGAGUGGCAUAUCUUGCACCCCAACGCCGCCUGUAUCGCAGAUACUGAGUCGCACUUCCAUCGCACACUCUUGCAGAUCGAAAGUCCGACACUCCCAACUUCACUGUGGUUCCGUGACUUCGCGAGGGCUCACGAAAUUGCCGUCUACGAUGCAGUCUUGAUCGUUUUGCUGGAUCUCGCAGAGAGACAUGUUGGAAGAUCCAGGGUUGAUGAGUGCAUUUCAAUGGCGAUUCGAGGUUUUAAGUCUCUGAAUAGUCCACUUUUGCUUCCUCAUCCUGGAAUCACGGUGCAAGACGUCGCUGAGGAAGUAUUUCGGACCGUCAACUACUUCCUGCACGGCGAGCAUCGUGCUAGCGGUGCGUUGGCUGUGUAUUAUGCUCUUUGGGCUUGUCAAGUCACCCUGUAUGCCCCCAGCAACAACGACGAAGGGCCAGGCAAUUCGCUCUGGGAACGCCUAAGACUCUUGGUACGAUCGCAGUCACAGUGA